AUGUCCUUCCAGUCUUUACAUCGACGCGAGCCAGACUCGGCUAAGACAUCCUUAACAAUGGACAUGGACAAAUCUUACCAUGGAUGCGAUCAGAACCUUGACCUGAAAAAAGCUUAUUGCAGCAAUAAAGGCCUGAAGACGGUUCCCCAGAAUCUUUCUGGGGAUACCAAGGUGCUUGACUUGUCUUAUAACAUUAUCACCAAACUCUUGAACUCCUCGUUUAAAGUAUACCCUCUGAUCAACUCCUUGGACAUUUCUUUUAACGAUAUAAGAGUGAUAGAAUCCGCCGCUUUUUACCCCCUCAAGGGCUUAAUGAAUCUAUCUCUAUUCUAUAACCAGCGUAUUGUGCUUCCGGCAACAAGCGUCUUUAUGAUGUCUUCACAGCUUUCCUUUCUCGAUUUAACGGAAACAAACUUGACGUCGCUCCCCAACGACACUCUAAAAUGGAGUCCACAUCUAGAUACUGUUAUUCUGUUCCGCAACCGGCUCUCCUCCAUCAAUGUAAGUUCUUGUGGCAUGCAUGCCAACAUUGUUAUCAUGACUUCUAAUCAACUAAAACACCUUACGGCUGAAUAUUUCACCUUUGUGUGCCACACUGAUAUUCUGGAUCUUAGAGAUAACCCUAUCCAAUCAGUAGACCCUGAUGUGAUCGCAUCACUACAUGUUCGCUUUUUAAAUUUGGGUGCCUGCCGUUUGAGUGACGAGGUGUUAGCGAACAUCAUCCUCGGAAUCUCAAAAUCAGACAUCGAAGGGGUUACAAUCCAGCAAGGCUCUGUUGGUGCGUUUCCUGAAGGUUUCUUUGAUCCACUUAACCCUUUCCUGAGUUUUUUCCCGCCAGCGAUAUUCCGGCAACUCUCUGUUUUACAAGAGCUAAAUCUAGAAUACUGCGCUAUUACAAAUCUACAUCCUCUUGUCUUCUCGGGUUUGGAAUCGCUGCAGAAGUUGAGUUUGGAGGGAAACAACAUCCAACAUAUUCAUGAUGAUGCAUUGUCAGGGUUAGGUCAAAUAAACAGUAUCAACUUUAAAGGAAACCAGAUCGAAUACUUGGGGGAGCUAAUGUUCUCAAAUAAGUGGAAAGUCACAAAUCUUUCAUUGGCCGACAACAAAUUAACCCACCUUAAUCGAAGGACUUUCAAGCCGAUCUUUUCCUCCAUUUCUUUACUUGAUAUAUCAAUGAACCCAAUUGAUUGUAACUGUGAUCUAAAGUGGCUAAUUGAUUGGAUAAAUAAACCUAUACGUACCCUGAUAGACAAGGACAAAACCAUUUGUUCGUCAGAAUCUCUGGAGCGUUUUCGUGAGAAACCCCUGCUUGAUGUUGAUCCAAAUGAACUCUGUAUAAUAAAUGGUCUAUUGUUUCUGAUUCCCCUCGCCUCCAUUGGCUUGGUUGUAAUCAGCGUGCUGUUGUAUCACUACCGAUGGCAGUUGAGGUACAAACUAUUUCUCCUGAAACUGGCCGCAGUGGGCUAUAAAGAGAUGCGAGACGCUCGAGACCACAAUGAAUACGAGUUUGACGUGAACAUCAUUUUCUACGACGAUGACGAAGAGUGGAUUCGCGAACAGCUCCGACCGGCUCUCGAAGAACGACUACCACAGUUUCAGAGGAACGUCUGCGGUGACGACGACCUUGUAUUGGGUAUGCAUUACUUAGAUUCCGUCGAUUACGUGGUGAGCCAUAGUUACAAGACCAUCAUAGUGCUUAGCAGAGCUGCUGUGCAAGACCGCUGGUUCAUACUAAAGUUCCGUACGGCCAUGGAUCACGUGAGUGACACUCUGACUGAAUUCGUAGUCGUGGUUUUCCUUGAAGAUAUCCCUGAUGAUGAAAUGCCGUUCUUGGCGAGGUUGUACCUCAACGAUGGCAGACCCUAUAUCCACUGGACUGAGGACAUGAGAGGACAAGAAUAUUUCUGGGAUGAAUUGACCAAAACCCUGACUAUUAAUCUAAGGACGAAUGACUUGAUCCCAAACGAGUAGCAGUCAUGUACGAAUCUAGAGAUGGUUAUCAGUAUUUCAAUGAAAGUGAUUGUAGUAUUUAAAAAAUAGUAGUAGCAGCAACAACAUCAGAAGUGGUUGU